GUCACGUUCUAUGCAUGAAGGAAGAGCGGAAGAGGAGUAACAGGAGUAUCGGGAGUGAAAUUGAGGACAAUCAUUCAACGAUGGAAUUUGUCGCGCAUAUCAACUGUGCAUGGGUGUAUUUGGUUCUGCUUUAUAAAGAUCGACCCUGUCCGUUGGACGACCAUUGAUGAAGCCUAUCACCUCCUCUCAAAGAUCAUAUUAAGUAAAGAACUUGUCAUCAUCUUCUAAUCAGCAUUACUAUACUCUCACGAACACGACCACCUAACUCGCAUUCAUAAGCCUCAUUUCCAUUGACACCAUUUAUACUACUUCCACCACUACCACUUCCAUAGACGAAGACAUGGCGAAUCUUCCAUACGCCGUUCCUCCCAACUAUGUGAUCCGGCUAGUUGAAGAAGGAUCACUGGCAGACGGGCCAGUUGGCCACCAGGAGCCAGUACAGCCACACCCACCACCACAUCCAUCAUACCCACACCAUUUCCAAUUCCCACCGGUGUCGUUGCAUAAUUUGACGCUCAAGGCGCAUUACCACGGCCCACACGCACCAGGAAGCAUACGGACGUCGACGACCGGCAACUGGGCGCCGGCGACUGAUAUCCGCGAGACAUUGAGAUUGUAUCACAUUGAGAUCGAGACAGCCGGCACUACGGACAAAGAUAGCCUUUUGAUCCAGUGGCUGAGCCCGCAUACCUUGUUGGUACAGGGUGAAAUCAAGCGACCGGGUCCAUUGGGCCUCUUAGACCCGUCAGAGGGCGAAAAGGUCUGGGAAGGAGAGGAUGAUGGUUGGGCGAAGGAGACUGGUCAUGCAAAGCCCGAUACCACCGAUGGCGGUCCAAUCGAACGAACGCCCUCGCGCGAGACAGUUGAGGCUGAGCUUCGUAACGACACCAAACCCACGAUCCUCCUGUCGGAGCGCAAAGUCGGACCUUGGAGACGCACGUUUACGUUGCCCGACGACGUCGAGAUUAGGGAGUUGAAGGCCAGACUCGAUGGCGGCCUGCUGAGAAUCGAUGUUCCCAAGCGUAGCGUCGAGGCAGAGGAGAUCCAACAGCAUGGCGGCGUAAGAAUUGAGAUUGAAUGAUUUGUAUCGCAAUCUCAAUGAUAAGUCCCACGAGUCAUAUGAUGGAAAUAUUGGAAGAAUCCCAGGCUCGGUUCGAGGCUAGAGACAGGAAUUAGCCCCCCUCCCCUUUUGGUUCAUAAUGCAUGGGCCCGCAAGAGCGUCGACUCAUGUUCAUACGGGUUUGUGCCAGAGGUCCCAAAAAAGCCCCUUGCAAGGAUUUAAUGCAGGAAUGAGCGGGAAAAGGAUUUAGUCAAAAGGGUAAAAAUUGUGCGUUGAAUUGUCAUUGCAUCAAUGCGAAUCGGUAGACUCGAACAAGGAGGAGAAUGCCAAACAUAUCGACAGACGACUAUUUUGAGCCGUGAUCAUAAACAACCAUGCCUUUGCCUUUCUCAUGCCCAUAAGUAGUCUCUACAAGACUUUACUUGGCGGAAAUCCCCGCGGGCCGAAAUGUAGACCCAAUAUCC